GUCUCCCUCCAACUAACUCGCUUCGUUGACCCAAAAUUUCUCUCUUCCGCUCUUUAUCUGGUCGCUAUCAUGGCUUGCCGUUCCAGGAGCCCGCGCGCGCGCAGGAAGCCCUAGAUUCAUCCGCCGCCUGAAAACUUUACUCGGCUCGGUCGUCGUUGUCUCGGCAUGGAGGUGAUCUCCCUAGACGUGCUCCUCCCAUCGUGGUGGGAGAUCGAGGUCACAUUUGCCGCUGCGCUUUUGGUGAUCGCCGUCUACUCGUUGUUUGGGAAGAUCGCAAGGCUUGGUUUUUGUGGUGGUAGUGGAGGAGGAGUUGGAAAAGAGGACGAUAGGCUUUUCGGCGGUGAUGAGAUGGCGGUUGCAAAAGACCCGCUCCUCAGGGAGUACGAUGACAAGGAGAAGAUGAGCCAUUUGAAAGGGGAUUCUCAAGUUAGUUCUUCCUAUGUUAUUAAGCUGGAACUGCUAGCUGCCAAGAACCUAAUUGGUGCAAACUUGAACGGGACAUCUGAUCCUUAUGCAAUAAUUACAUGUGGUGAUCAAAAGCGAUUUAGGUGA